CCCUGCCGCCGCGGAGUCGCGCGGAGGCGGAGGCUCGGGUGCACUCAAGAUUCGGCUCUACCCGUAACCCACCGCCAUGGCCGAGGAAGGCAUUGCUGCUGGAGGUGUAAUGGACGUUAAUACUGCUCUGCAAGAGGUGCUGAAGACCGCCCUCAUCCACGAUGGCCUAGCACGUGGAAUUCGCGAAGCUGCCAAAGCCUUAGACAAGCGCCAAGCCCAUCUCUGUGUGCUUGCAUCCAACUGUGAUGAGCCUAUGUAUGUCGAGUUGGUGGAGGCCCUUUGUGCUGAGCACCAAAUCAACCUGAUUAAGGUUGAUGACAACAAGAAACUGGGGGAAUGGGUAGGCCUCUGUAAAAUUGACAGAGAGGGAAAACCCCGUAAAGUGGUUGGUUGCAGUUGUGUGGUGGUUAAGGACUAUGGCAAAGAGUCUCAGGCCAAGGAUGUCAUCGAGGAGUACUUCAAAUGCAAGAAAUGAUCAAAUAAAAAAAAAAAACUGGGAAAAAAUAAAAAUAAAAAAA